GAACUUGUUCGUACCUGUAGGAGUGAGCUCGGCCAAUUAUGGACAAGGUACAGGUCCAAUAUGGCUGGAUGAAGUGAGGUGCAACGGUAACGAGUCGAGUUUGUCCUACUGCCGCGCCAUAAAUUGGGGCGAGCACAAUUGUGGUCACCACAAUGAUGUCGGAGUGGAUUGCAGUAUGAAUAUUCGACUUGUUAAUGGAUCAAGGCCUAGCCAAGGGCGUCUCGAGGUUUUCUACAACAGCACAUGGGGUACAGUCUGUGAUGACGAAUUCAACAGUUCGGCAGCAACAGUUGAACCAGUUCGUACCAGCGGUAUUGAGUUCGGUCAUUUAUGGGCAGGGUGCCGGUCCAACAUAGAUAAUGUGAGGUGCAACGGUACUGAGUCGAGUUUUUCCCACUGCCGGGCCAAUAACUGGGGCACGCACAACUGUGUUCAUAGCGAAGAUGUCGGAGUAGAUUGCAAGUGUGGCGGUGUCCUGACAGAACCAUUUGGUGUCAUCACGAGUCCGAACUUCCCGUUGAAUUACAGCAAUAAAGUUCAUUGUACCUGGUCCAUCAACGCUCAAGAAGCAAGCCGGAUCAAUGUGAACUUUACAGACUUUGCAAUCGAGUCUGCCGACCUGUGUAGAUUUGACUACCUGGAGCUCUUCAACGGACCUAACGCCUCCUCUCUGUCAAUUGGAAAGUACUGCGGGACAGUGCCACCUAUGGGAUUUAAGUCGCAGUUGAAUUCUGUUCACAUUGUCUUCUCAACAAACAACGACGUUAGCUAUAAGGGUUUUAGAAUGACUUACACAUUCACCCGAGACUGCCCACUUGGAAGCUACAGCGUAAACUGUUCCAAGCAAUGCCAUUGCCGUGUCGGCCUAUGUGACAGUGUCACAGGUGCAUGUGGAAAUGGGGGUUGUAAAGACGGAUGGAAAGGAAUAGCGUGUAAUGAAUACUGCCCAUUUGGAAGUUACGGCGUUAGCUGUUCCAAGCAAUGCCAUUGCCGUGUGGGCCCAUGCGACGGUGUAACGGGUGCAUGUGAAAAAGGGGUCUGUGAAGAUGGAUGGAAAGGAAUAGCGUGUAAUGAAAGCUGCCUACUCGGAAGUUACGGCGUUAACUGUUCCAAGCAAUGUUAUUGCCGUGUGGGCCCAUGUGACGGUGUUACGGGUGCAUGUGGAAAUGGUGGCUGUAAAGACGGAUGGACAGGAAUAUCGUGUAAUGAAAAGUGUGGCGGGGUCCUGACAGAUCCGAUGGGCUUUAUAACGAGCCCUAACUUCCCUAACGAUUACAACAACAAUGAGCGAUGUACCUGGGUCAUAAAUGCACCAGAGGGCAGCCUGAUCAAUGUGAAUAUUACAGACUUUGCAAUGGAGCCCCACGACCAGUGCACAAAUGACUACCUAGAGCUCUUCAACGGACCUAAACUCGACUCUCCGUCAAUAGGAAAAUUCUGCGGGACAGCGCAACCUGCGGGAAUUAAGGCGCAAUCGAACUAUGUCUGUAUUUUCUUUUUCACAGACUCAGUCACUAUUGCAAGGGGUUUCAAUCUGACGUAUACAUUCUUCGUACAAGACUGCCCCCUUGGAAGUUACAGUGUCAACUGUUCACAGCAAUGUCGUUGCCUUGUCGGCCCAUGCGACAGUGUUUCGGGUGCAUGUGGAAAUGGGGUCUGUAAAGACGGAUGGAAAGGAAUAGCGUGUAAUGAAACCAAUGAAGAUACAAUGCCAUUGGAGACAAUUGUAUGGAUUGCAGUGGGUUCAGGUUCAUUAGUGGUGAUGAUAGUUGGCGUCGCAGUCAUUGCUCGUGUGUGCCACGGAAGGAAAAAGGGAAAGGUGGCUCCAAACGCCGUUGAACUGAAUUAACAACAGUCGUCGAAUAGUCCCCAAGAUUUGCCUGAGGACGACACCUACGACGUUAUCGGUCCGGGUGAAGAACUGGUUAAUGACGAACGAAAGUACGACUGUCAAGGGCAGACAAAAAACUCAGACUUCGAACUGUACGAAAAUGACUUUUAGGAAUAAAAUAUAAAGAAUACGCCAACGAAGAGUUGUUAUUUGUAAUGAAAUUUCAGAUUUACGACCAAAUAUCAUGUUUUGAUAAAGCUUGAAUUCCGCGAGUGUUGAUUGUUUCCUGUUGAUUGAUUCCUCAACACCAACUCACAUGUAAGUUUUAUAUUUACCUCUUUCAUUUAUAGAAAAAAAACGUGCAUGAAAUAAACUGUUUUAUUUGAGCUUUUCUGGGAUGAAGUUGUAACGCACACAAUAAGGACGUUAUUAUAUUACAUGCCGUAAAUUAGUGUUUAUGGUAUACGUUAUUUUUUAUAUUUCCUGAAAUAUAGCUUUGUUCGCACAUAUAUUUGGUAUGGUGAAUAUAUCGAAAACUAAAAACAGACAUACAUUCGAAACUAUAAAGAUAUAUUUAACUCAUCGAGUGAAUGAGAACUUCAUCAUAAAUCGUGCUUCCUUAUUUGUAAAGUAUUUCGCCUUGAUCACUGGCAAUUUACCACGUUUGUUGUAUCAUAGCUUUACAUUUCUUUUGUUUUUCUUUAUGUCUUAUAGACUUUGAAAAGACCACAGGGCAGGUUCUAUUUAUGCUAUAUACGUUAUCUAUAUAAAGCAAUAUUAUUUAUUAUUUUGCUGCCAAUAUUUUUCUGCCAUCAUAACAAGAAAGUGUUUAAGCUUGUCAAAAAUUAUUGAUUGACUUGUUGAUGCCAGAUGAACAUCACUUUUUAAAUGCGAUUGUAGUAAACUAUUGAAGCAAACGUGUCACGAUAAAUGUGUUCACAUUAUUCUUCUAAUUAAGAUUUGUAUUUCUUGGAAUAUGAAUUUUUGUUUCGCCGUAUAGCAUAUCAUUAAAAUUCUCUUCAGUCCUUAUCUUAUUAUUUGCAUAUUGUCUGUUGAAUAUCAUUACUAAUGUUUUGUGUUUUUAUUUUCAAGCAUAUUUUUAGAUUCUUAAUCACCAUAAUGCAAAAAAUAUAAAGCAUGCAUGUUUUGCUUUCAACAUUUAAGAAUGUGUUUGUAUGCGGAUGUAUGUAUUCUGAAAUAUAAUGACCCUAUGAAAAAUGAACAUCACCAUAACGUGAACCAUAAAAGUGUGAUUUUUUUGUGAAAAGUCAAUUUGGAUAUAUUAGCUUAUGUUGCAAGAUAAACGUUUAAAUAACAUACAUUAAAAGUAAUACUUUUGCCGAAAAGAUGAUUACGUUCAUUUGUUUAUAUGAUUCAUUCGUUAUUCAAAUAAACUAACGUAAUAUUUUUUGCAUUGUAUAAGUUUGUUUGUAUAUCACUCUUUUUGCCUUAAAAAUAACAACAUUAUGUAUAUUUCAAAGAUUAUAUUUAUCGUUAUUUUUCAGUAUAUUAUUUUAACAUGUUUGACCCAAUUUUGUUAUAUGUUCCUUUUUAUUCAUCGAUCUGUUUAUAUACCAUUAAUAGGUUUUUGACUAUGGGAAUGUUUAUCGCAAUAUGUUUUUUAAUGUUUGAAAUGUCAUAUAACAUAUUACUGUAAAACAUUACACAUCUUUGUAAACGUAUAUCAUGAAAUGAGAGUGAGCUAUGUUUCUUAUGCUGUAUUGUAUGUAUGAAAAUAAAAUCAUUCGACAUAGAAAAAAAACAACCGUAAAUGCAUAUGUUCUGUUUUAGAAAGAUUCUUGUAAAGUAUGCCGUCGUCAUAGAGCAGCUUAUAAAGAAUCUUACUUAUUAAUUUGUUGUAACUUUUAGCGGGAUCGUUUUUCUUAAUACGAAUAUAUUAGGUACGAAACAUAAUAUACAGUUUUAAUAUGAUUUGAAGAA